AAAAAGAAAAAGAAAAGAAAUGAUAUUAUUAACAGAAAAACAUACUGACAAAAACACUUCAGAGUUAAGACUUCCUCAGUUCUCUUCUCUUCCCGCAUUUCUUGUGCAGAGAAUUUUGCCAUUUUUGCUAUAUUUGAAUCUGAGCUAAGAAAACGGAGAGAAAAUCUAGGGAUUUUGAUUUUUGAUUUUUGGGAUUUGGGAAAUGUUGGUUCAGGACCGUGCGAUUCCCAAGUCUCCAAAGCAAUCUCAGUCUCGGAUCAGGAGUUUGCCCACUCGAUUCUCGGAGCCCGAAUCCCUAGAUUUCUCGGCAUGGUUGUCGGAGAAUCUCUACAAAAUCUUCGCCGUCGUCGUCCUGAUCGGCACCGUCGCGGCGCUGUUCUUCCUCCGGAACGUCGGCGAUACCGCGGCGCUGCUCUGCUUCGAGAGCCAGGCGCAGGCGAUCGAGACGAUCAAGUUUCCGAAAGUGAACUGGAAUUCGAUCCCGCCGAUCGCCGAUAAUAGCUCUCCGUACGUGAAUUUCCGGGCGGAGAGGUGGAUCGUGGUGUCGGUUUCGGAUUAUCCGACGGAUUCGCUGCGGGGGAUGUUGAAGAUCAAGGGAUGGCAGGUGCUGGCGAUCGGGAAUUCGAAAACGCCGGCCGAUUGGGGGCUGAAAGGUGCGAUCUUUCUCUCUCUAGAUGAACAAGCUAAAUUAGGUUUCCGAGUUUUGGAUUAUGUUCCUUAUGAUUCGUAUGUUAGGAAGAGUGUUGGGUAUUUGUUUGCUAUUCAGCACGGUGCGAAGAAGAUCUUCGACGCCGACGAUCGCGGCGACGUGAUCGAAGGGGAUUUGGGGAAGCAUUUUGAUGUGAAGUUGGUGGGAGAGGGUGCUAGGCAAGAGACGAUUUUGCAGUAUAGCCAUGAGAACCCUAAUAGGACUGUUGUGAACCCUUAUAUCCAUUUUGGGCAGAGGUCGGUUUGGCCUAGGGGCUUGCCAUUGGAGAAUGCUGGUGAAAUUGGGCAUGAAGAGUAUUACACUGAGAUUUUUGGUGGGAAGCAGUUUAUUCAACAGGGUAUUUCGAUUGGGCUUCCUGAUGUCGAUUCAGUGUUCUAUUUCACCCGAAAAUCGGGGCUGGAAGCCUUUGACAUUAGGUUCGAUGACCAAGCUCCAAAAGUGGCAUUGCCACAAGGUAUGAUGGUGCCUGUUAAUUCGUUCAAUACGAUUUACCAUUCUUCGGCGUUUUGGGCUUUGAUGCUUCCUGUUUCUGUUAGCUCAAUGGCUUCAGAUGUGUUGAGGGGUUACUGGGGGCAGAGGAUGCUGUGGGAAAUUGGUGGCUAUGUUGUGGUUUAUCCCCCCACAGUUCAUCGAUAUGAUAGGACUGAGGCAUACCCGUUUUCAGAAGAGAAAGAUCUUCAUGUGAAUGUAGGUCGUUUGACUAAGUUUUUGGUUUCUUGGAGAUCAGGGAAGCAUAGAUUGUUUGAGAAGAUACUGGAUUUAAGUUUUGCGAUGGCGGAAGAAGGAUUCUGGACCGAGAAGGAUGUAAAGUUCACUGCUGCUUGGCUUCAGGACUUGCUUGCUGUUGGAUACCAACAGCCAAGGCUAAUGUCGCUAGAAUUAGAUCGACCUCGCGCGAGUAUUGGCCAUGGAGACCGGAAAGAGUUUGUCCCUCAAAAGUUGCCAUCUGUUCAUCUUGGGGUUGAGGAAACGGGGACUGUGACUUCUGAAAUUGGAAACUUGAUCAGAUGGAGGAAGAAUUAUGGGAAUGUGGUGCUUAUUAUGUUCUGCAAUGGUCCUGUAGAUCGUACUGCUCUUGAAUGGAGAUUGCUUUAUGGGCGUAUAUUUAAAACUGUAGUUAUUUUGUCUGGGCAAAAGAGCCAAGAUCUUGCUGUUGAAGAAGGCCAAUUGGAGCAAAUAUACAAGUAUCUGCCAAAGAUAUUUGAUUUAUAUAGCAGUGCGGAGGGAUUUUUAUUCCUUCAGGACAAUACCAUUCUCAAUUACUGGAAUCUACUAGAAGCAGACAAGACUAAAUUAUGGAUUACAAAUAAGGUAUCCGAAUCUUGGGUUAGUGUUUCAACCAAGGACAGCGAUUGGUGUUCAAAACAAGCAGACAUGGUAAAGAAAGUUGUUAGCACAAUGCCAGUUCACUUCCAAGUAAAUUACAAAGAAACUGAAAAAAGUGGCCAGAGCCUCACAAUAUGCAGUUCUGAAGUGUUCUACAUCCCUCGGCAUUUUGUAGCCGACUUUGUCGAUCUUGUCAAUCUAGUGGGAGAUCAAGAAAUCCAUCACAAGGUAGCAAUACCCAUGUUCUUUGUAUCAAUAGAUUCACCUCAGAAUUUUGACUCGGUGCUUAAUACAAUGAUUUAUAAGCAAGAAGCACCUGCAAAUUCUUCUACCCUUUAUUCAGCAAAAGUAUCUGCUGUUCACCCGUGGAAUGUUUCGGGUGAACCGGAUUUCAUAAAACUUAUCAGAAUAAUGGCAGAAGGGGACCCUCUCCUAUUGGACUUAGUAUGAAGGUAUAAAACACCAUCUUUUUUAUACCGAAAAAGGAAUUUGAAAAAAAGAAAAAUUUUCAAAAGAGAGGAAGAAAGAUGUGUACCACUUUGUUGAAUGUUUUUC